AUGGCUGGAGGAAAUUGUACGGCAGUGACCGAGUUCAUUCUCACAGGUGUGACAGAUCUUCCAGAGCUGCAGGUCCCCCUCUUUGUGGUGUUCCUAGUGAUCUAUGUUAUCACCCUGGUGUGGAAUCUGGGGAUGAUGGUUUUAAUCAGGAUCGACCCCCGUCUUCACACCCCCAUGUACUUCUUUCUCAAGAAUUUGUCUCUCGUGGAUGCCUGUUACUCCACAGUCAUCACUCCCAAGAUGCUGAUGAGCUUCUUAGCAGAGAGGAAAGCUAUUUCCUAUACAGCGUGCAUCAUCCAAUAUUUUAGCUUCAUAUUGUUUGUCAUCUCUCAGUGCCUUCUGCUGGCAGUAAUGGCAUAUGACCAUUAUGUAGCCAUCUGUAACCCACUGCUGUAUAUGGUCAUCAUGUCGCCAAAGCACUGCCUGCAGCUGGUGGCUGGUUCAUAUCUAUGGGCCUUCCUGAACUCCGUGAUACACACGAGCAGUUUGUUAAGAUUAUCCUAUUGCGACUCCAAUAUCCUGAAUCAUUUUUUCUGUGAUAUCAACCCACUUCUAAAGCUCUCCUCUUCUGGCACCUCUAUCAAUCAGCUGCUUGUUUUCCUCUUUGGCAGUCUGAUUGAGGUAAGCAGCACUGUGACCAUUCUCAUCUCAUACAUCUUAAUUAUUGUGACUGUGCUGCGGAUCCGCUCCACCGAGGGCAGGCGCAAAGCCUUCUACACCUGCACCUCCCACCUGAUGGCCGUAUCCAUGUUCCACGGGACAAUUCUUUUCAUGUAUUUCCGACCCAGCACCAGCUACUCAUUGGACACAGACAAAAUGGCCUCCGUGUUCUACACUAUGGUGAUCCCCAUGCUGAACCCCCUCAUCUACAGCUUGAGGAACAAGGAUGUGAAGGAUGCCCUGAGGAGAGCAAUAGAAACAAAAUUGAGGGCCCAUUUUUCCCCAAAGGGUGUCAGAAUAGGACAACCAAAUCCUUCAAUGGCUUCUCUGCACACAUAGGACUUGUCUCCACUAUGGGGUGGAUCAAUGCUGCGGUGAUAAAUCCACCGGGGGACAAUUUAGCAGGUCUAGUGAAGACCCAUUGGAUCAACAGACUAUCACUCUGGCAUUGACUCCACCAGAACGAGAUAAGUAAGGGGAGUCUACAGGAGAGUUUCUUCUGUCGACCCAGUGCAAUGUGAACCCCGUGGUAAGUAUAUCAAAGCUAUAUCAACUUGAGUUAUGCAACUAACGUAACUCAAACUGUGUAGCUUAGAUCGACCUGUCCCCGUAGCGUAGACCUGCCCAUUGGCUCUGAUUCAGAA